ACAGCUUUAAUAAACAGCUCUAUUUAGUUCUCCCUCCCUGUAUCCAGGGAAGUGAACUGGUCUGGGGCUGCUGUGAUGAAAUGCCAGAAGAAUAUCUCUCAAAGGCCUCACAAGCUGAUUUUUAGAGCUUUUCCGUUUUGUCGUCUUUGUCUUCCAAAUGGGAUCCAAUGAUAGCUGGACAAGUCAGUAAGCCCUUGCUGUCACUGCGGAGUGAAAUGAAUGCAGAGUUGAGAGGUGAGGACAAGGCAGCUACUUCAGACAACGAGCUGAAUGAGCCCUUGCUUGCGCCUGUGGAAUCAAAUGACAGCGAGGACACUCCCAGCAAGCUCUUCGAGGCCAGGGGAAACACAGUGCUGCCUGAUACAAGCCCAGCAGACCAGCACCAACCCAGCCAGUCCCAUCCUGCAUUCCCUGUUGGGCCUCAGCCACUACUGACAGCCCAACAGUUAGCCUCAGCAGUAGCAGGGGUGAUGCCAGGAGGCACUCCAGCCCUGAAUCAACCAAUCCUUAUUCCUUUCAACAUGGCUGGGCAGCUGGGGGGCCAACAAGGACUCGUCCUAACUCUACCUACAGCAAAUCUCACCAACAUCCAAGGACUGGUAGCAGCAGCUGCAGCAGGAGGCAUCAUGACUUUGCCAUUGCAAAAUCUACAAGCUACCUCAUCCCUGAACUCCCAGCUUCAACAGCUUCAGCAUCUUCAGCAGCUCCAGCAUCAACAGCAGCAGCAGCAGCAGCAGCAGCAGCAAAGCCAGCAGCAGCAGCAAGCUCAGCAGGCACAGACUCCACAGCCAACACAGCAGACCCAGCAAUCACAGCCACAGCCAUCAGCACCACCACAGCAGAGCCAAACACAGUCCCAGAGCCAGAGCCAACCACCUCCAGCCCCACAGUCCUCCAGCUCCCCUCAGAAACCCAGCCAGUCACCAGGGCAUGGCCUUCCAUCUCCUCUUACUUCGCCAAAUCCAUUGCAGCUGGUUAAUAGUCCACUAGCAAGUCAAGCAGCAGCAGCUGCAGCAGCGGCAGCCAUGGGCUCAGUAGCAAACUCCCAAGCCUUUGGCAACGCCCUCUCCAGUCUUCAGGGGGUGACAGGCCAGCUCGUCACUAAUGCACAAGGACAGAUUAUUGGAACAAUCCCACUGAUGCCUAAUCCAGUCCCGUCCAACCAGGCGGCAGGUGGAGCUCAGGGACUUCAGGUGCAGCCGAUCACUCCACAGUUAUUGACCAAUGCCCAGGGUCAGAUCAUCGCCACUGUCAUCGGCAACCAGAUACUCCCAGUGAUCAAUACCCAGGGAAUAACACUAUCGCCGCUCAAACCAGGCCAGCAGCUCCAUCAGCCCUCCCAGACGCAAGUGGGACAAGCAGCCUCACAAUCCAAUCUCCUGCAUUUGGCUCACAGUCAAGCAUCUAUGUCUCAAAGCCCAGUGCGUCAGGCUUCCUCUUCUUCCUCCUCAUCCUCCUCCUCUUCAGCUUUGAGUGUUGGCCAGUUAGUCAGCAAUCCUCAGACAGCCUCUGGGGAGGUGGAUGGGGUAAAUCUGGAAGAAAUACGAGAAUUUGCCAAAGCUUUUAAAAUCCGACGCCUGUCCCUUGGCCUGACACAGACUCAAGUUGGCCAAGCCCUAAGCGCCACCGAAGGCCCAGCCUAUAGCCAGUCUGCCAUCUGCAGACACACCAUCCUGAGAAGCCACUUUUUCCUACCACAGGAAGCCCAAGAGAACACUAUAGCUAGCAGUCUGACAGCCAAACUGAACCCUGGCCUUUUGUAUCCUGCCAGGUUUGAAAAGCUGGACAUCACCCCUAAAAGUGCCCAGAAGAUAAAGCCGGUGCUUGAGCGGUGGAUGGCUGAGGCUGAGGCCCGCCAUCGAGCAGGGAUGCAGAACCUUACCGAGUUUAUUGGGAGCGAACCAUCCAAAAAGCGCAAGAGGCGUACCUCGUUCACGCCACAAGCCCUUGAAAUCUUGAAUGCCCACUUUGAGAAGAACACGCAUCCCUCUGGGCAAGAAAUGACAGAGAUUGCAGAGAAACUGAACUAUGACCGGGAAGUAGUUAGAGUUUGGUUCUGCAAUAAGAGGCAAGCACUGAAGAACACAAUUAAACGUUUGAAACAACACGAGCCCGCAACGGCAGUUCCUAUGGAGCCUUUAACAGACUCUCUGGAAGAAAACUCCUAAAAACAAAACCAAACCAAACCAAACCAAAUCACACAGGAAAAAACCCCACACCAACUGAAACGUGUCCAUUUGAACUCUGUGAAAAUAACUAUUCAUCACCCUUGUAAGUAAAAGACUGAGAAAACUACAAGAAGGACAGAACAGUUUAUAAUUGUCCGUGGGUUUUCCUAUUUAAAAAAAAAAACAAAAAAAAACCAAAAAAAAACCAAAACCAAAAAAAAAAAUACACAACACUUAGUGUGUGUGCGGUAGAAUUAGUUCCCAAAAAACCCGAAAAAGCCAGUUUUUUUAAAUGGACUUCAAGUAAACCAAAUAACGGCUUAAUUUUUUCUGUAUAUUAUGAAAAUAUGAACACAUUUUAAGGAAAAACAAAACAAACAAAAAAAAGAAAGGAAAAAAGAAAAAAACUUUUAUCUGUUUGAAAGAGAAUACAAGCCUGCCACCUGGAGGAGUGAUUGUAGCCUUUCAGGUAUCAAGUGCUGAUUCACUAUGAAAACUAUUAACCAAAGUCAGAAACAUGGCAUUGCAAACUAGAUUGUUAGUCUACUCUUUUAUGAGUGUAAAAUUGUGUUACAAAUUUUUACAUUUGUAUUUUGCAAAGAGGAAAACAACAGGAUUAAUUUCUCUCAUCCUUGUUUUCACCCCCUGCAGGUGUGUACAAAGUCAUUCCGUAGUUGUCACCUCAUUUUCUUUUCUUUUCUUUAACAGUUUUGCAAUCUCUUGGCGUUUGGAUGCCAAAAAUAAUUACUUUUUAUUGUGAUUUGUGGGGUUUGUUAUUUCUCUUCUAAGCGUGUAAGUCUUGGUUGCAUUUCUUUUUCUGUUUUUUUUUCUGAUUCUAUUUGCUGCAUCCUCCCUUCCAGCUCAUUCUCCACCCCUUCCCCAACCCCCCCCCAAACCCAGUACUGUUUAAAGAAUUUUAAAAAGAAAGGUGAAAUAUUUUAUGUUGAUAUGCUGAAAUACAAUAGAGAACAAAGAAGGAUUAGGAUUAUGUCUGAUGGACUGUCAAGCCCACACUGAACAUUGUGCUUUUUGUCAAAUGUGUAGCUUGAGAUUUCUCUGUCCUUUGGCCUGGCGAGGUUACCAAAAUUCAUUUUGUAGUAUAAAUAUAAACUGCACACUUGGUACAGUGCUGCAUCUAUAUUUUGGUUCCAUUUGAAGCAAUUUCUCUCCAAAGUCUGCUAGCCAAAGAAAUUUCUUGAGGUUUUGAUGAAAACAAAUGGACAGGCUGAGAAGUUAUGAGGUUGUUUUGAUCAUCACAUCACUAUGGACAGGCUGAGACGUUAUGAGGAUGUUUUGAUCAUUACAUCACUAUGGACAAUUUUGAUGGUAGUGCUCUGUUCCUUCUGGCUUUUUUUAUGCCAUAUUGAUGCUUGCCUUGUUGACUUCUUCAGUAGGAGGAUGUGCUUCUGCAGGUGUUUGCUGCAGCCACUGUCUAGACUAAGCAAUUGGGACAUAGGAAAAACCACAGAAUAUCCCUUGAUUAUAUAAGGUAGGUCACCUGCAAUAUGAUUCAGGUGAACUGAUUUUUCUUUAAAGACAGUAUAUCUCUGUGGCUUCCAUUCUGAUUGGACAAGCAUCUGCUAAAAUACUAUGGUCAUUGGACCUACAAGCAUACCAAGGCUCAGAGGGAAAGAAAGGUGUUGCAAGUUCUUGAUGGGGUGUGGGCUGACCUGUGAAGGUCAUCUGCAAUCUUCAUCUUCUGCUCAGUUAUGCUCAAGCCUUUGGGAUUCUGCCCACUGUUAGGGUAGAAGCUGCAUCUUGAUCAGGUCUUCCCAAAAGAUAACAUCAGAUAUUUGGUUCAGCUCACUGUAGAGAUGGUAGAGUAAAAUUCUGCUGGUGUAACUCCUGAUUGCAUGCCUUGACCUAAGGAUGGUUGUGCUGGAUUUUUGGUGAUCUACUUAAGAUGUGGAAGGAAGUUCCUAACGUGCUGGUGUCUUCAAACAACACCUCUCUUAUUAAAAAGUUUUCAAGAACUCCAGGAGAUAUCCAAAACUUAGUGAAGAAACAGGCUUUCAUUGAUUUCAGUAGGCUUUGAAUCUGGCCCUCAGUAUUUUAUUAAUGGGAUUUGCCUUGUAAAGUGGGGUAUUUAUUGCACGAUUAGUGGAGCUUUAAGAUUUCAGAGACCAUCAUCUGGGCCAGAAGCUGCUUCUAAAUGUGAGCACUCUCAAAGGUCAGUGUUGGAGCACACUGAGGAUCCAGUACUCCAGGAUGGGCUCAUGUCCAGCAAAUGCAUUUUAGACUUAAAGCUUCAGCAGGGUAUGUUUAAGGAUAUUUUCAGUAUUCCUUUAUGAGCAUGAGAGUGACAAUUGUUAUUGACUCUUUUUCUGCUGUUGAUAUAUAAAUAACUGCUGAUGGGAACAAACGCCUCAGUAACCACAGGCAAAUUGUGAGGCACAAAAAGAUGUUUUAUCCAAGUUGAGCAUGUGAAAUAGAGAGUCUCACAGUAACAUCUGCCCCUCUGGGUUUUCUUUUUACCCUCUCUCUCCAGAGAUACCUAUAUCCACAAAAAUAUCUAUGUUGUAUAUAACGAACAGCCCUAAAGUUGUGGCCACAGUUCAGUGUACGUAACGAUCAGACCACCUUCCAGAAGCCAACAGGAAAGCAAGGAUGAACAAAUCAUAUUUGGAAGCAGUCAUUCCUGAAAUCCUACCCAUGUCUCCAGAACACUCCUAAUUGCCCAGUCAUUAAUGCCACAUACACAAUUACACGUUCAGUCAUCCUUAAGGCCAUACCUUCCCCCACUCCAUCCCCACCAUUAACAGCCUGGGAACAAAACCAUCAACCAUUCUUUGCCGAAAAACUAAAUUUCCAGUUCUCCCAGGGACUGCUCUAAAUUCUGUGAAGAAAAAUCCCCCAAGAAGAAAAGUUAACUAAACACUGUAUGAAAGAUACUAAAUGUUUAAAAAUAUGCUGGCAGCAGUUAUAUAAGCUCUUUUCUGUUCCAAGUACAUAUCAGAAGGAUAUAACUAGGACAGUGAAAAUGUAAAAUGAAUAUAAAUUGCCAGCAUGGAAGAAAAAAUAAUGUUCAUCCCACAGUCUUAAAACCAGUCAAGUGCAGUGGUUUUUUUUACAGUUUUCUAAUUUUGUAUUAUGUUUUGUAAAUUAUUUAUAAAGUGUUGUAAUGCUUCUCAUAUUAAUUUUUUUAUACACAAAUCUUUGCUAUGAGGCAUAAAUGGUGCCUGAACAGAUUCUUAGGAAGAUAAAUUAUGUGUGAGUAGUACAUCUUUGGGGGGGGCAUAAAUAUUUGGUUUUAUUUUGUUACUGGCAACAUUUCUGGUUCCCAUUUGUAAACAAUUUUCAUGUAUUGAUAACAUUUGAAUACCUUUUAAUUUUGCAUGUGACUAAAAGAUAGAUUGCUACCAGCAAAUGAAACAAAAGUCUCUUCGGUCAUAUGUGAAGGUUUAAUGGUUUUCCAAUUUGUUGAUAAUUGAUUUUUAAAAAAAAAAAAUAUAUAAAAUAUUAUUUGAAUAAUGAACCAAGGGGUUCACUAACUGUUCUGAUUUUGUCUUUUUAUGUUUUUCACUAAAAAACUAUUUUGGACAGUUGAAGAAAUCAAAUUAAUUCAAAGGGUUCCAAUUUCUUUACAUUAUUACUGGAAAAAAAAAAAGAAAAAAAAAAAAAAAGAAAAAAAAGAAAAAAAGAGGGAGAACAAGGAAGCAAAAAGGAGCUAGGAAGGAACAAGUAGAGGCGUAUCAAAGAACUCAAGCUAUAACCAAAAAGAAGUAUGUAAAAUGCCUUUGCUCGUCUUCUCAAUGCUGGACCAAAGCUCAAUGUAUGUAGGUAUAUGCACAUUGUAUAGAUAUGGCUAAAUGUUGCUGACAAUCUCGCAAUACUAAACUGUUACUAUUAAAAAAAUACAAAAAUAAAACUGUUCAUCAGUGUUUUACCUCAGCACUCUACUUGUACCCAGUUAUUGACAAACAUUCAAAUAAGAAGAUAAGAGAGGAAAUUGAUUUCCAUGUCAAUGUUUGACUGUAAAAUCUGUUUGGAAAACAUUUUGUAAUGAGCUUUAUGUCACGUGGUUUGCUUGUUUCCAACUUGAGACUAUGUGGGGCACAUUUGUUUAUUUAUCGUUAAAAAGUGAUAUUAUUACUAUUAUUAUUAUUAUUAAUUAUUAUUAUUACUAUUAUUAUUAUUAUUAUUUUUGUCCUAUGUGCUAUAAUCUACAGAAUGGUCACCAGGGUCACUUAUGAAGCACUGCAAAGAGAUCUGUUUUUCCAUGCAUGGAGCAUGCAGGGGGAAAGAUGGCAGUACAAAAUGGACUGUAUUGUGUUGUUAAAAAAUAUGAAUAAAUAAAAAAGGAGUGGAUAUGGUGGACUUGUGACCAAGAAAACAAAGUGGAUAUUUAAAAGCUCCUUACUACUCUGACUUUGAAACCAAAGCUGAUUUAUCUGCACAGGUUGCUUAACAUGAAAAAAAUAAAAAAACUGACAAAAACUGUACUUAAUCUAGAGCAAUAUCUGUAUGGUCAGUAAAGCUGCACUUUGUGUAUUUCUUAACAGCUUCAGAUCUGUCACUUUUAAUUUGUACCAUAAAAAAUAAAGAAUUGUUUGACAUGAAA